UCUCGCGAGACUUGGCCCAGAACAUUGCGGAUCGGGUCGGCGCCAUUUUGGGACUGAGACUGGUUGUGGGGGAGGGAAAAGCGGCAAAAGGGGAUUAUUCAAAGUACCGAAAACCUCCUCCCGGGAUCGAGCUCAGCGGCAUCCCUAGGCCAGGGGCACCUCUGGUGUCGCAGAAGGUGAUUGAAUUACUCAGAUAUGAAGAUCAUCUUCUAGGUUUUGUGUAAAAGGCCCCGGAUAUUUCAAGUGGCCAUUUUGGAAUUACAAUGUUUCUGGAUAAUUUUGCCCCAGAAGUUUAUUAAAAUUGGCAAGAAUCAUCUCUGAAGUGAAUUGGUAGUAGUGAACAAUUCUACAAGCUUUAAAGAGACCCAGGCAUUUCUUCAGUAUUUUGGUUCAAACGGAUAAUAUAACUGGUUAAAGUAUUUCAGCUGGUGGUAUUUUUGCCCCCCCCCCCCGCAAUCCCUCCCCUGUUGUUGGUGUUCUUCAGCCAAACUGUAAGAUAUGUUUGAUUUGUGUACUGAGUAAUUUCUCUGCAGUUUCAAAUUACUGUUUAAAUAUUGCUGAAGUUUCAUGGCAGUUUAUUUUUACCUUUAUUUAAAAUUUUAGGAAUUUUUGACCUCAGCCCUUUUCAUGUCACAAUGGGACAGCUUUUCUAAAUGAAGACAUUGAACGAAUACAGUUUUUUUGCUUUUAUCUUUUAUUUACAUGGAAAUUUAAGAUGUUGCAGUUUCCCAGCAGCAUGGUAGUAUUGAGAUAGCUGUGUGUCUCUGUUUAUGCUGAUGUUUAGGAAUGCUCUUCAGAUGUGAAAUUUUCUUUUUGUUUUUGCUUUUUGGCUCGUAAAUUGGAUAUUUCAUCUGGAGUGGAUAAGUACAACAGUUACAAGUACAUGGAAUAAUAAAGACUUUAAAAUCUUAAAUCCAAGGAACUUGGCUAAUUCUGGAGAUAACCAUAUGAAAACUUUAAAACAGAAAUAUGGGUAGCUGACUGAAGUAACUCUAUGUCAAGUAGCCAUAGGUUAAGUAUCUUCAAAGAACUUGGAUUUUAUUUCAGAGGAUACAAAAUAAAAAAACAAACUGGAAAACAUAAAGAUUACAGAGAAGAACCCAACACCUUCCUGUGCAGUCCUGUUGGAAAUUGGACUUGCCAUGAGGUGUUGAAGCCUUGUUUCGCUGAGUUGGAGAGACUGGACCUAAAUGGCGCAGCAUGACUUUGCUCCAGCCUGGCUUAAUUUUCCUACCCCACCAUCAUCAACAAAGUCGUCACUGAAUUUUGAAAAGCAUUCUGAAAACUUUUCAUGGACAGAAAAUCGUUAUGAUGUGAAUUGUCGACGACACAACUCUUCAGAUGGCUUUGAUUCUGGAAUUGGACGUCCUAACGGAGGUAACUUUGGAAGGAAAGAAAAAAAUGGAUGGCGUACACAUGGAAGAAAUGGUACUGAAAACAUAAAUCAUCGAGGGGGAUACCAUGGUGGAAGUUCCCGUUCUCGUAGCAGUAUUUUCCAUUCUGGAAAAAGCCAGGGCCUACAUGAAAACAGCAUACCUGACAGUGAAACGGGGAGGAAAGAAGACAAGAGAGAACGCAAACAGUUUGAGGCUGAGGAUUUUCCAUCUUUAAAUCCUGAGUAUGAGAGAGAACCAAAUCAGAAUAAGUCUUUAGCUGCAGGUGUAUGGGGCCUACACGCCCAGACACACACAUACCCAACCAAAAAAAUCUCCCAAGCUCCUCUCUUAGAAUAUCCCCCGAAUCCUAAAUCUAGAACUCAAAGGAUGCUGGUCAUUAAGAAAGGUAAUACAAAAGACUUACAGCUAUCUGGAUUCCCAGUAGUAGGAAAUCUUCAGUCACAACCAGUUAAGAAUGGGACUGGUCCAAGUGUUUAUAAAGGCUUAGUCCCUAAACCUGCUGCUCCACCUACAAAACCUACACAGUGGAAAAGCCAAACUAAAGAAAAUAAAGUUGGGACUUCUUUCCCUCAUGAGUCUACAUAUGGUGUCGGAAACUUUAAUACUUUUAAAUCAACUGCCAAGAAUUUUAGUCCAUCAACAACUUCAGUGAAAGAGUGUAAUCGCUCAAAUUCCUCUUCACCUGUUGACAAACUUAAUCAGCAGCCUCGUCUAACCAAACUGACACGUAUGCGCACUGAUAAGAAGAGUGAAUUUUUGAAAGCAUUGAAAAGGGACAGAGUAGAAGAGGAACAUGAAGAUGAAAGCCAUGCGGGCUCAGAAAAGGAUGACGACUCAUUUAAUUUGCAUAACAGCAAUAGUACUCACCAAGAAAGGGAUAUAAACCGAAACUUUGAUGAAAAUGAAAUUCCACAAGAGAAUGGCAAUGCCUCGGUAAUUUCCCAACAGAUCAUUCGGUCUUCAACCUUCCCACAAACUGAUGUUCUUUCUAGUUCACUUGAAGCAGAACACAGAUUGUUAAAGGAGAUGGGCUGGCAAGAAGACAGUGAAAAUGAUGAAACAUGUGCUCCCUUAACUGAGGAUGAAAUGAGAGAAUUCCAGGUUAUUAGUGAACAGUUACAGAAGAACGGUCUGAGGAAAAAUGGUAUUUUGAAAAAUGGCCUGAUCUGUGACUUCAAGUUUGGACCCUGGAAAAACAGCACUUUCAAACCCACUAUUGAGAAUGAUGACACAGAGACAAGUAGCAGUGACACAUCAGAUGACGACGAUGUGUGAAGGAUUUCCUAACAGCUUUAGAAAUUUUAGUGUGAUACAUCUCUCAUACAGUUUGGGGUGAAUUGUAAAAAUGAAGAACUAUAAUUUAUGUAGUAAAAUACCCCAUUAGAAGAUGAUUUUUUUGGGGAACUUCAAUAUGAAGAAAACCAAGAAUGUUGUGUUGGGCUGUGUUGAACAUUAUUUCUUUGUUAAAUGAAUGUUGUAGAAAUGAGGACUUUGGUUGAUCCAACAUUGACUUUCUUCAUCACUGCAGCAUUUCUCUGACUAGCAAUGUGACGAUGUAACAAAUGAGAUUUUCUCAUUUAAUAAUAAAAAAAUUGUGUAAUGUUUUGCAAA